AUGCUGCCGAUUGAUAGCAUCUCGUAUAAGGAUGUGCUUUACGCGCUAUUCGAGCCUGUGUGCCAGUACAUAAGCGAUAUACUCCGAUUUCUGCUGUGGACCCCUACUACGACCAAGCCCAAGUACGGGACUGUGGCGCUCGAUAACCCGCCCGACGAGCCUUUGCUGGCAGAUGUGGGAGCGCGCGAGCACUCCCCACCACUCGAGACACCUGCCGACGAACACAAGCUGGCGCAAUACGAGGCGUAUCUCAAGGAGAAGAAAAGUCGCAAGGCUGCUAAAAGAUUUAAGAAGCUGCUCGACUCUGCCAAUAACGCAAGCAGCGUUAGCAACGCGAACAACACAUGUACACACAACUACAAACAUCUCAAUGGUCUCAAUGGCCCUCCUACAGAUGUGGGUAGCGUCGAUGGUAGCACGUGGAGCGGUUGGAGUCACUCAACUUGCUCUCCCCACGAAGCUGACUCUGGAUCCGCGUUCUCGCUUACACAAGAUGAUAUAGCCGAUGUGAAGUUGCAUCGCCAGAGGUACUAUAGCAGACAGACUAAGAUGCAGAAGAUGCAAGAGGCCCACAAUACGCGGGAUACUCAGAAGACGCAGAGUUGA